GAGCGCGAUGAGGUGGCCGCGCUGGCCCCGCCGCCAUCUUGUUUGUUUGUGCCCGGGUCUCCAGGCGGUUGUGACCGAAUCGCCCGUUGCUCCGCGGCCCAGUAAGCGAGGCUGGGGGUUGGCCCCUUGCCAGGUAGAGGUCAUGUCCUGCGACACAGAUGAAGGAAUGAGAUAGACUUUAUAUUUUCCGCACAAAACCUGUUGAAAGAUUGGGCUACCAGUUCAAUGUCAGCUGCACUCCUAAGAGCCUGAGAAGCAAGCACUGAGCAAGACAUCAGUGGAGUUUGGAACAGCUCUUCGCUGGAGAUAUUUGGUCCUGGAGGCUGGUCCUCUGGCCUGUACACCUGCAGCCAGCGUAGCCAGGCCUAUGCGCUGUGCUCCAUGUCUCCUCUGAGUUGUGGCUCUGUAACGCAAUGUGCCUUUUGGACAUCAUGGAAGUGGGGAAAUAUAGUAACAACACAGUUCCAGAGAGAAGCAAAGGAGUUCUCUUGGAGCCCUUCAUCCAUCAGGUUGGCGGGCAUACCAGUAUGAUGCGCUAUGAUGAUCAUACAGUUUGUAAGCCCCUCAUCAGUCGGGAACAGAGGUUCUAUGAGUCCCUGCCACCAGAAAUGAAAGAAUUUACUCCAGAAUACAAAGGUGUUGUGUCAGUAUGUUUCGAAGGAGGUCGUGAUGGUUACAUUAACUUAGUCGCAUACCCAUACGAGGAAAGUGAAACUUUGGAGCAGGAAGAGGUUCAAGAAAGAGAACAGCCCCGCAGGAAGCAUUCCCGGAGAAGCCUUUACCGGUCAGCUAGUAGCAGUGAGCAUCUGAUCCAGAUAGCGAAUUCUGACUCCACAGAGAGCCCUCAGGAACUGAAGAGUUCAAGGAUGGAGUUACAGAUUUCGUCUGACAUUCCCUUCCAAAUGCUGGAUAGCAACAGUGCACUGAUUUCAGAGAAGAUCAGCUUCAAUCCCUGGAGUUUACGCUGCCACAAACAGCAGCUGAGUCGGAUGCGCUCUGAAUCACAGGAUCGGAAACUUUACAAGUUUCUCCUCCUGGAGAAUGUGGUUCAUCACUUUGGGUAUCCUUGUAUUCUGGAUCUAAAGAUGGGGACCAGGCAGCAUGGAGAUGAUGCAUCUGAGGAAAAAGCAGCACGACAAAUAAAAAAGUGUGAGCUGAGCACAUCAGGAGCACUGGGUGUACGUGUCUGUGGGAUGCAGGUGUAUCAGUUAGACUCGGGGCACUAUGUAUGCAGGAACAAGUACUACGGCCGAAGUCUUUCCAUUGAAGGGUUUGGGAAAGCUCUGUAUGAGUUCCUGCACAAUGGCAGGUAUCUGCGAAAAGACUUAUUUGAUGCAAUACUGCAGAAACUUCGAAGUCUCAAGGGGGUUCUAGAGAAGCAGGCUUCUUACCGCUUCUACUCCAGCUCCUUGCUGAUCAUCUACGAUGGAAAGGAGAAAAAGUUGGAAUUGCGACAGAACUCUGCAGAGACAUUGAGCCAGGGCAACCUGCAGGAUAGCAUCAGUUCCUUGCCAUCUUCAUCUUCCUCCAUGAGCAACACUGAGAACCUGCCAAAAAUUGACUUGAGGAUGAUUGACUUUGCCCACAGUACGUACAAAGGGUUCCGGGAUGACCAAACUGUGCAUGACGGGCCAGACAGAGGCUACAUCUUUGGACUAGAGAACCUCAUUAAUAUCCUAGAAAAGAUUCAACUUCAGAAUCAGUAGCAUAUUCAAAACUCUUCCUAUUUCUUUCCAUAUUACUCCAGGGAGGGGUGCGAACUUCUCUCUUUCAAGCACAUGCUUAUAACUGCUCACUUUGAUGCUCAUCACAGCAAUGACAUCACAGAAAAAAAUUGCUGUCAAUUUCUGGCAGAUUAUUAGACAAAAAAGUUUGUUGUUUGAACUGUUUGUUAUACCCCCAGUGUAUAUAUAUAACUGUUAUAUAGUCACGUGGAGCAGCACUGCCUGUACAGACACUGGUGCAAUGGAGCAAUGCCAUUCACUUACUGAGUCCUGCACUAGAGUGGAAAUUGCCAGUGUGAGGGCAGCCACUUGGUACCAAAGCAGCAAGCAAGCUAGGUAAUUCCUUCACUGUUCCCAAAGACUGAGGCUGCAUGAAUAGCUGUACAUUUGUAAAUGUUGGGUCAAAUUUCCUCAUUUACGACCACCUGAAUGUGAGUAAAGAACUCCAUAAUCUAACACUCAGGUUCUUUAGCUGACAGGUGUGCGCAGGUUUGUUUUAACUUUCACUUUUUCCCUUCAAUAUUAUUCUCUUCUGUACUUUGCCAGGUUAAUCUCUUAUUGUGCCAGCAAUUUAAUGCACAGAGCCUGUGGCUCACCUGAUUUUUGGAAGGCUGUUGCAUGUUCUACAGAAGGGAGAUUAGACUAGCGUUCCAAGAGUUGGAUCACGGACCAACAUUGUUUUACUGCUGAGGACUGUGUGCCACAAUGUCGGAGCUUCUCAGUGGCAAUAGAUAUGAGUAUCUUGAUGCAAGAGAUUUUUGCGGACUAGCACAAACUUGUUGAUAUUGUUUAAGUAAGCAGGCAAGUAGAAAGCUAAGUGCUGUUGCAGGCUUCCCAUGAACGUUAUUGGAAGUGUCAUAAGUGUAGAAAUACUUCCCAUUGUUCAUACCCCUAUCAUUUGGCUUUCACCUGUUAUUUGUAGCUGCAUAUAUACAUUUUGCUGUUUCAGGGGAGAAAUUUCGUGUUUUGUAGAAAAGCACAUUGCCCUGUAUUCCUCUUAAUAUAAAGCACUUAUGUGGCCAUCCUUUUGUUCAGGAUAUGUUUAUUUUAUACACCUUUACGUACAAAUAUUUCCAGUAUUUAAUAAGUUGCAACUAAUUUUACUGUGUAAUUUUUAAGGUUGCCGUGAUGUUAUGUUGAUCCUAAUUCUUUAUUUUUGUCUUGGUGUACAUUUCAGUACAGAUCAUGACAUACUGAAGAGCCCUGCCUUACAGAAUGCUGUCCACCCCCUUUUACUGGCAUGUGUCAGAAAAGCUGAAAGCUGCAGUGGCUUGUUCCAGAAAGAGGCACGGUUUGGCUCAGCUGAAUGCAUAGCUCAGGUUUGCUCCAGUGUUAAAGCCCCGAUUGGCUAGCUAGCAACUGAGAACACUGCCCCAUGUGCUGAGUACAUUGUGAAACUAAUGAGCCUAAUCGGGAUGGAGUGCUGGCUGCUCAAAGCCUAGGCUUAAAUUUGAACCCAUCUGUAAAUGUUUUACUGUGGGUUCAGGGCAUGUUUGGAGCUGCUCAUAAUGUGUCUAUUUGUCCCCAAGAAGAUCAACAUGUUGGAUUUUCAGGUGUAGCACUUUCCCCAGCUUUGGAUUUCUGCAUGCCACUAAAUGGAAAGUUGAGAGGUAAUUUCAUAAUUCAAACAAUUGAUUAGGUUUUAUGGGUUUCUAACGAUGACAUAAAAAUAUAAUUUUGGGGUUAUGUUCUGUGACGGACUGAAAUGGUCCCUUUGAUAAGAUAAAUAGAGUAGAUAUGGGGAGUCUGCACCAUUUGCCAGAGAGAGCUGUGGGGAAGUAUCUAUGUGUUAUAGUUCUAAACAGUUUACAGGGACAUUUUUGCAGACAUGUUUGACUUUGUGUGAUGAGAUGAUUCCUCUUCAGUGAAUUCAUUAACUAUUUGAGUUGGUCUCCUUUGUGAAACUCAUGGGUAGAUUGGAACAUGAGCCAUGGACCAGUUAUGUUAUAGUUAACAAUGUGAAAUUUUAACUUCUAUGCUUCACAUCCUUCACAGAUUUUGUCCUAUACUCAUGGUAUGGCUACCUGUAAACACUUAUCAGAAGCAACUUUGGAUUUUCAACAGAGAAUACAAAUCUAGGUUCUUUUUGAGAUGCCUCUGAAGGUUCCACAGCAACUCAACAUGAAUUGCAGUUCACCAUUGACUCGGACAUAAUGACUGGGUCUGAACAUUCUUGUUUGUGUCUUUCACUGUGCUCGUCCCAUAUCAAAGUCCCUACUUCGUAUAGGAAUUAAGCACCGCAUAGGUGGAUAGGAUAGUCUGUAGACACUCAGGAGCAUAGCUGUCCUUAAUGUAAUGCACCGGGUCAGUGGGACAGAGCUGACGGCAAAGGCACUGUUUCCCAGUUUAGAGGGAAAAUACUACCAGCUCACCUUGAAUAGAACCCCAUUGCAAUGUGGAGCAAAGAACAAAUAAGGUUUCAUUCAUUGCUCUUGAAUGUGCUGCAUUCAGGAAUACAGCAGCACGCAGCAAUGUAAGAAGCGUGUUUCCCCUUCACCUCCCUCUGAAUCUUUCAGUUUAAUGCUACAUGCUAAACACUUAAGAUUAAGGUUGAGCACCAGUGAAGAACACUGAACAAAGACUAUAUGCACUGGACCUAAGCUGGAAAUGGUUCCAAGGGGAAAUGAGAGAGUGUGGAAAGGGCAAAGAUCCUUGUGAAAGGAAAGAUGUGAAGGGCUUUGGUGAGUUAAAAAAAAUAUUGCAUUGCUUUUUUUUAAUAUAUUUUGUUUUUGGUGUAUUUGAGUAUGUCGGGACCAGUGUAGGUGCCAGAUGUUUAGUGAAACUUCAGGCAUUUUUUUAGUUUCAGAAUUGGUUGCUGAUUACUCAGUGAAUGCUUAAUAGAAGGAAGACUUUUUAAUACUGUAGCCCUUUCAUUGUAGCCAUGCAGCGAUUUGAGUGGACGACCUGUGGACAGGCAAUCACUUUCAUUCAUAAUGUUAAUUCACCCCUCUGAACUCCCUGAAGCAAAAUCAGGUUGUGCUUUCAAAAUGGUGUUGCAAUCCGCACUAGUAUUACGUAGCUCAUAAGCAUUAAUAUAUGUGAGAAACUACACACAAAUCUACAUCUGGCAGGUGGAUUUGAACAGGCCUGGAACUUGAUGGCUCCUCCAGACUGGCAGUCAAUGAAAUAUGUUUAAGUAAUUUUACUUCUAAGUCAGUGGAUUAAAGCCUUUGAAAGGAAAAUAAGUUGAGCAUUUCUACCUUGUUAUGGUUUCUGUUUCUGAAGUAGUGUGUAUCGAAGGAAAAGCACACAAGUGUCAGAGUGUCAUUUGGUUCUGCCUGUCAACAGGUGACUAAGGGACAGCCAGACCAGAAAGUGUGAGAUGCUCGUUGAACAUCUUAAAACUAAAUGAGAAGUUCAAACUUUCUUAUCUGUCAAUCAAUCACGAAGAAUUGCAAGAAAAAGAUCGAGCACAGCUAUUUCAAAAUAGAGCCUGUUAAAGGAGUGAAGGUAUGGAAUGCCACAAGGCAUGGUUUUGGAACAUUGUCUCAGACCACUGUGCUUUCUCAUCCCUGGAACAUUAACCUCUCUGUAAAUAUAGUUGCAUAAGAAGAUCUAGCUAUUUCAAGAUUUGUUGUAAAUGCAGAGAUAGGAGUGAGGCAUCCAAGAUUAAGAGAUGCUUCAUGUGUGUGAAGUCUUGAAACAGCCUGACUUUAAAGUAAUGUACAGACUACAUUUCAUUGAGGCAUGCAGUUAUUUGUUUUUUGUGAAGUACAGCCCAAUCCAGGUAUUCUGCCCAGCUCAGUUAGAUUGUUCAGACUGGGUUUUCUUUCCAAUUAUUUCAAACAAAAAAGACAAUUGUCCAGAAUUGAAGGGGUGACCGCCACUGCUGGAAUUUCAGGAUACAUAGCCACUAAUGUUUCCAAACCAGGUAGGUUUCAAAGUAGACUCAAAUAUGACUCGAGCUGGUGAUUUCCCUAAAUUGAGCUGACAAAUGUGUUUUCCCACUCAAUAUGACAUUUGGUACAACAGGUAACUAAUGGCAUUCUCUUAAUACUCGCUCCCAUCCCUGAAGACUGACAGUCAAAACAUUGUACCAGAAAAAGCAGAACAGCGCGUGAUGUGUUUCCCUUUUCCUUUACCUGUCUAAGACCUCAACCCGACUAAUUAGAAGAGAUGCUGAAACUUUGAUGCAACGCUCACUUAUGGAAAGUGAAGGGAAUAUGGGAAAGAUCAGGCUAAUAACAUUUCCUUGUUCCACUGAGGUUGCUAAAGACACAAGGCUACUGAAACUUGUACUAAGCUAUUUGGCAAUGUAGGGAGGUGUUAAUGUUCUAUACGGCAUUAAACCAGAGGUAAAUUUCCUAACUGCCAACAAGGUAUGGGAAUUAUUUUAUUACAUAUUUAAUUUAUUGAACGUUUCACUGGUUUCAUUUCAUUGUAUUUCUGUUGAGCAACUAUAUCUUUAAUGCUAGUAACCUAAUCUUCAGGAAUCUGUGGGCAUGAGCAUACUGUAUCCCUGUGAUCUGUGUUUGAUAUUGUUACCUCCAAGUUGUCACAGUUCUGUAUGAAAUAAAUACAUUUAGGAGUCAUA